GAUGAGCCUUGCUUGGAGAAGGCACAUAAGUCGUGAGCUUGUGUAUAUGCAUAGGUUGAGUGAGAUUUGUACUGGUACUCCAUUCAAGUACAGUAAUCAGAUGUAUAACCACAAAACAUGGUACUGCUACUACACUCAUCAUGUAUAGUGCAAUCACUGUGAGUUCAACUCCCAAUAAAGAGCAGCUCAAUUGCUCAUCCAUGUCCUGCUCUGCCUCUCCAUUCACAUCUCCAGCACAUGAGAAAAGGUAGCUGCCUUUUCAAUCCAUUAAACUAGCCCCAUUAACCAGCCAGCGAGAGCAGCUAGCACAAGGGAACAGAGCAGCACACGAAACAGAGGGAAGCAGAGUAGCCGAGAGCGAGCGAGAGACGCAGAGAAGCGAGCAGGGCGGGGCCAUGGCCAUGGCUCGCUGUUCCUUGCUACCGAUCUUGGCCGCCGUCCUCUUGGCGGCGUCGCUGUCGCUGCCACCGCGCGCUGCCGCGUACGCCGCCAUGGUGGACAGCCUCCUCCCCGCGUCAGCGACGGCUCUCUCCUUCGAGGAAGGCUACACCCAGCUGUUCGGCGACUCCAACCUCAUGCUCCACGGCGACGGGAAGAGAGUGCACAUCUCCCUCGACGAGCGGACAGGCGCCGGGUUCGCCUCGCAGGGCGCGUACCACCACGGGUUCUUCAGCGCCAGCAUCAAGCUUCCCGCCGACCACACUGCCGGCGUCGUCGUCGCUUUCUACAUGUCGAACGGGGACGUGUACGAGAGGACGCACGACGAGCUGGACUUCGAGUUCCUGGGGAACGUGAGGGGGAGGGAGUGGAGGGUGCAGACCAACGUGUACGGCAACGGCAGCACGGCGGCCGGCCGGGAGGAGAGGUACGGCCUCUGGUUCGACCCCACCCAGGACUUCCACCGCUACGCCAUCCGCUGGAGCCAUGACACGAUCAUAUUCUACGUUGACGAGACGCCGAUCAGGGAGGUGGUGAGGACGGCGUCCAUGGGCGCGCAGUUCCCGUCCAAGCCCAUGUCGCUGUACGCCACCAUCUGGGACGGCUCGAGCUGGGCCACCUCGGGCGGCCGGUACAAGGUGAACUACAAGUACGCGCCCUACGUCGCCGAGUUCACCGACCUCCUGCUCCACGGCUGCCCCGCCGGCUCCCCGCCGCCGUGCGAGGGCGCCGCCGCCUCCGCGACGAUGCCGCCCGGGCAGCGGUCGGCGAUGGAGAGGUUCCGGGCGAGGCACAUGACGUACGGGUACUGCUACGACCGCGUCCGGUACCACGCGCCGCUGCCGGAGUGCAGCGUCGGCGCGGAGGCCGAGGCGUUCCUCCCGUCCGGCGAGGCGAGGUCGACGGACCGCCGCGGCGGCAGGCACGGCAAGCGCCACCGGCGCGCCGGCGGCGGCGUGGAUUCCGCGCUCUGACCGAUUCUGUGAUCCGCACAGCGCCGCUCGCGAUGGUGGCGCGCGUGCUCGACUGUACUAUCGUGCCGUGUGUGAUGUCGUACGUGAUUAUAGUUUCCUGGUCUCUGACGUGUGCCACCGGUGCAGAGCUCGCCAUUGGUCA